AUGACCAAAAAGCCGAAUCCUAAUGCACUUUUUGUACUUAAGGCAGGAUUUUGGGAUAUGUUUGCUUCUUGCUUGAGCCACAAUGCAAUUGCUUAUUAUGAUUUCUGUGUUAUCAAAGAACAAAACAUUGUGGGUGUUUUACAAAAAAGUAGUCUCAACAACAUGGAAAUUUUUAAUGUACUUCAUAUAAAUCAGGUGGCAUCACUAAUUUCCAUCUUGCCUCAACAGAACCACACUCUAGGGAUGGGGUCAUUAUUAACGCCAAACCUGCGUUGGGUGGUUGAUUUGUGUGGUGUGAAUAACCUAUGUAAAUGCAUUGAUACAUUCGCUUUAUUCUUCUCGUUAAUUGUUGUUCAUUUUGAGUCUAGAUCAAUGCAAGACAAUAUUCUCUCAAUAUUCUCAUUGAAAAUGAAACCAGAUUUGGGGGAAAGGGUUUCAUCACGUACCUGGAAGUUUCGAGAGCCUUCUCCAUCAGACCGUGAUAUGGGAAAGCUCACAAUAUACUGCUUUGAAAGAAGUACAACUGAGCAUUUUCAUUUGUAUUAUAUGAUAAUUAUUUCCAUACGUACAGAUAUACAGACUUUCAUAGAAUAUGAGAAAAGUAAUGCAUUCUUAAAUUUGUUCUUUACUUAUGGUAAAUGGCUAAUUAAUAUGAGAUGUUUAAUAAAAAGGAGGAAAAUGUCCAAAAAACUUCAAUAUUCAUUUCAUUGCCUAUCCAUUCUUUGGACUGAGAUUUUCCGCAGAUGUCACUUCAACCUUUUCGAUCAAUUUCCACUUUCCAUCUGCGAAAACCUUGUACAGUUGCAACGGCCUCCUCAUAACAAAGACCACUUCACUAAGCACAAUUCCAGCAAAAUAGUUUCAUGUAUAUGUAUUUUGGUAAAGAUCAUAACGGAUAUUUGUUGCGAAACUUCAAUCAGUAAAGUAGCUAAGAGACAAAUAUUAAACUCAAGAAUUUCCUAA